UUAUUCUCUACCAUAACCAAUUUACGUUCUCACCCUGCCACACCUCUCCACCAUUAUUACCAAAUAUUCUUUUGUUCCCCCCAAUGUCAUCCGUUCUAAAGGAGAAUUGGAUAUUCAAUUCGCUGUUCACGCAGCUCGCAACAGGCGAGAAAAGGAGCACCGCCUACAACCAUGCUCAGCUGCUCGUAGUACUGUACGAAAAGCCAUACAAAGACAUAGAAGUGGUCCUGAGCGAUAAGCAUAACACCGUGAUCGCUGUGCUGACACAGAAUGCUGUGGAUGCGUAUCACCAGUCAUUUGAUCACGCCUUUGCCGAUAUAAAAGGAUGUUUUGUGCAGAUCAGGAGGUACGCCUUUUUGUUCUGCACCAGCCGGAAAAAGUUUAUAAUGAGGGUGGAUCUUUUUGAGUACGAGGGGAACGAAUCAGAGGUUGUGGGUAAUCCUAGCGAUGUUAAUAUGAUGAGUAGCAUCAAAGAAUACACCUUUAUGAGAGUGUUUGAUAGGAUGCGAUAUGGUGAUGUGGUGUGCACGCGGUGGUGUACCGAGCUUGGCGGCUUGAAUGAUGGACAGAGAGAAUAUGUCGAACAGCUGAUGAGAAGCAAUGAAUUAUUUGUGAUGGGAAAGGACGAAGAUGCCAAAAAAUUGGGUGGCGAACGGAGGAGAAGCAACGAAUUAUUUGUGAUGGGAAAGGACGAAGAUGGGGCUCAUGACUUGAUGGGGAUAAUGCACGUUACGAGUUCCGUAACAAAUGAUGAUAUCCGUGCUGUUGAUUUGAUCGAUGAGGCAUUGGGCGGAAAUGCUAUCAAAGGCAGUGGCGUGGAAAGCACAGGCACCAUGAUUAACUGCUCCGAACUGAGAGUUGCGAUUGAAGGAGACGGUGCUGGCCAAAAUACCAGGUUAUAUAAUCAGAAGAAGGAUUCCUUCCAUGGAUCAAAGGUAAAGACAGGUUCGCUUGAAGAAGUGGUAUUGCCUGAGGGCAGAGAUACCGAAGAGAUUGAAAAAGGCACCGAUGAGACGAUCAUUGAUUCUCUUGUACCCGCUACCAUCCCAAACAUGGCAAAUAAAGAAAAUAAAGAAAAUGUACCGGGAACAACCGCAGAAGACGAUGAAAAAAACACCGUGAUCGAUCAAAGCUAUAAUGCAACUGUUGCGUUGGCAGAGGAGAAAAACACGGAAAGACCGGAAUGUGUAGGUUUUAGUCUUCAAGGCAAUACCACGGAUAAAACCAAUUUUGAUGGUUCAUUUUGUCGCAUCGAAACGGACAAUGUUGCUUGUCUGGACGGUUUUACCGACAGAGCCGGUUUUAUCGAUCUUGCCAAUUUUACCGAUCCAACUAUUUUCACCGCUGCGACCAGCCCAGCCGAUCAAAGCGGUGGGAAUGUUAGCACGGCUAAGAAUGAAGAGAACACCGCAGUUGAAGAACCAAAAUGCGCGAAUGAUUUGGAACAUUUUGAUUGUCUACGACUGAGAAGCAUCCACUCACCAAACUUUGCCGAUAGCAGUUUUACGUUUGUUGGUGAAGAACCAUGUGCAGGAAUUAAGCGGUUCAUGGCAGACGUGGCGGUAGUAAAAUGGGAAGAUGGCGCAUCGGCAAAAUACGAAAAUAUUAUGAGCGAGCAGAGAGGCGUUCACGUGAACAAAGGAGGUUUAGAUGUGCCAGCGCACAGAGCAGUGCACACUACGGAUGCGUUAGUCACAGAAAAUGGUUGCAACGGCUCAUCUUUGAGAAGUUCCGGUCAUAUUUUAUCGCAGUUGGACUUGAACCUGUCGAUGAACGCCAAAAAUAUUUUUACGUUUGAAUGUGAUGCAGACGAACAGCAAAAGAGAGCAGAGGAUGUAAAAGAUGAAAAUUGUCAGAAAAUGUAUGAGCAGAUGCAUUACAUAGGGGAAAGCGUGCAGAGUGCCGCUGAUAAUGCGUCGUAUAAGCAGAUUAAUGAUGUAGAUGGUGUGAACAAGGAAGCGGUUGGAGGUGAAUGUGCCGUAUACAACGUAGGAAACGCCUUAUUGGUGCAAAAAUGUGGAGUGUCGGUGAAUGAGCAUGCUCAGGUGGAGGUGCCGCUGAAAAUAACGAAGCAUCCUAGGAAUUUCUCUGUGAAUGUGUCAAACAUCACCAAAACGAGCGAAUUGAUAGGAACGAAUUACUCCGAUUUAAACAAAGUGAAUGACUGUGCACUGAUGGUAAAUAAAGGAAGGAAUGGCAUGAAAGGAGGAGAUCAAACAAAAAGAAUGGGUGAUGAAGUGGGUGAGAGUAUGGGAGACGAGUGCUGGGAGAGAGUACAUGUAAAUAUGUGUGAGGGUAAAGUGGCACAGAGAGAUAGUAACGGCCGUGUUGAAGCUGAUCGUGGAGACAGAGUGAAUGAAAAAGAUUGCAAGUGGAGAAUUGCAAAAGCUUCUUGUGAAGAGGAGUUAAGGGAUGAUGAAGAGUUAAGGGAUGAUGAAGAAUUAAGGGAUGAGGAAGAAGCGUGCAAGAUGAGAGAAUAUGAGAUGGAGUGGAGGAUGGAUGAGAUGCUGAGCAAUUAUUAUAACGAGGAUGAGCGUAAAAAAGUAGAGGAGAAAAGUGUGCGGCAAGAAGAGAGAAAGCACAAAAUAUUAAUUGGUGAUAAUUUGUUCUACUUAGUUGAUGCUUUGCCGGAGAAGAUGUAUGAGAAAGGAGCAGAGGUGGAAAGAAGUCGUACAAGCACUGGAAAUGGCGAAGAAAAUACGGAGAGAUGCGAUGAAGACAAGAUGCUAGUGGAAGGAGUUGGUAAUGAGUUGGAAAAAGAGGUGACUGGUAAAACGGGAGGAUCGUUUUGUGAUGCUGGUAAGUUUGGAGCAUCUUGUGCUGGCACGGAUGGAGUGGGUAGUAAAUUGGGCGGCGUAUGCCAGUCUGUCGGAAAAAUGACAGAAGCAUUGAGCACAGCAGAGAAGAAAAGCGAAUCUAAACAGACAAACGAUACGGUGUGUGGCAAUUUGAGAGAAGAAAUUGGAAAAAAUGCCCAGGAGGAGCAAACGAGUAGAAAUAUGCGACAAUAUGAACGAAAGACACAGUUGCGCAACGAGAGCGAUGAGCUAAUUAAGAAUGACCAGGUAGGAAAAAAUUGGGUGAAAGGUCUGAUUGAAGUGACGAAGUGUGCACAAGCAGAUUCAUUGCUUAUACACAAGACAGCAUCGAAACCGCUCACCAACCAAAAAGCCAGGGAAUAUGCACCGAAAAGGAAGAAUAUGAAAUGUAUCAGGUUGUUAAAGAGGCAUAGAUCAGCUCUCAGCACAAGUUACACGCUUUUUACCACAGAGAACACGGAAAAUGGAGAAGAGGAAACGGUAAGGGUUGACUUUAUCAACACAAUACUGACGAACGAGAUAGGACAGAGAGGCAAAAAAAUGCUGUACAAGAAAAUUAGGAUAGGGGAAAAUGACAUGAGAAUGGAUGAACAGCCGUACAGCAUCGUCAGAAUAGACAGUCUCGUCAAGACUGAGGACGGAAGAGAGGAUCAGGUCAUAUUCACGAUUAAGGAUUAUAAAUUAGAUGAGUGGUAAAGUAAAUGUUAGCGUGCCACGUUCUGUAAUUAUUAGUUAAAGUGCAC